UUCAAAUGUCUGAUUAUAUUAACAUUUUUGCUGUGGUUAUUGAGUAAAUCGGGCUUCCUCUAUUGACUUUGCUUGUCAGAAACCCACUGAAAGUUACAAAUAGUAAUCACAUGCCUGCAGGAGGUGGCAACCAAUGUAAAUGUGCAGGUUGCCAAGAACCCAAAUUUUGAUCAUGUGAUGGCAGGGGUGCUGCAAUGGUCAUAAUUAUGAGGACUGGUCAUAAGUCAUUUUUAACACUGUCAUAACUUUGAAUGGUCACCCGAUGGUCAUAAAUUGAGGACUACCUGUAUCAAGGCUGGCUUUCAUGGUGUGAACAUCAAUCCAAUGGCAAUGAGUUCCAUGCCCAAUUAGUCUGGAAGCUCAUCACCUUUGGACCAUCAAAUUGGGGGGGAGGGUUUAAACCUUAGUAAAUGGAUUAGCAUAAUGUAUGAAGCCAAUCUAUUUAGGACUGAAUUGUAAUGAAAUAAAUUUAAGGAAGAGGAAAGAAAAUCUGGUUUCAUGUAUCACUCAAGAGAAUUUAAAAGAUAAUCUCAGAAUUCUGACUAUGGACUAAUUGCUACAUAGAAACUCCAUUUCAAAUCUGGAAUAAAGAAGAAGUUCAUGUUCUAAAAACACAAGCAACUCCUCUCUGUGUUUUGAAUCGAAUUAUGCAGUAUUACCUAGUGGAUGAAAGAAACUGAGGCUGAAAGAAAACUGAAAGAAAAUGUAAAGUCACUUUGCAAGUUUUUUUUAAAUUUCAUUUUGUCACAACAGUAUACACAAACAUCGACAUAAAAAACAACAACACAUCAUAAAAGAAAGAUAUAUAUAUAUAAGUAAAAGUAUGCAACAGCUAUGUUAAUUUGAUAAUAAUGAAGGGAACAAUAGGACAGGAACCGUAGGCACUUUUGUGCUCUUAUGCACGCCCUUUAAAAGUUGUAAAAGUUCAGUUUAAAGUAAAAGCCUACACAUUAUUUUUUUUUAAAAAGACUUGUAUUUUCCAAGGCUUGUAAAACUGGUAUGGCCACAGUUACUAUGAUUAAUUUGAUUUUACUUUUCCUUUAGGUAAAGAGGGUUAUCCAGGUUUUUUUGUCGACUAAAGCAUAGUCUGCUGACCUCUAGCGGUUGACAACUUUACAAUCAAUUGUAAACUACUAGAACUGAACUUCUGUACAGAUUGGUCUGAGAAAUUAGAUAAGCCUAUUGGGAUUUUUUUUCUCUUUUACUUAGAUAAAACAUUAAAAGAAAAAGUAUAUGUCAGUGUAAACAAAACAAUAUUCAAAGUGAAGAAGUCACAUAUAUGUCUAGACCUGAGAACAUACCCUUUCCUCUUCCUAUUUUCCGCACAACAACCCUGUGAGGUAAGUUGGGCUGACAGUGUGUGACUGGCCCAAGGUCACCCAGCUGCCUUUCAUGCCAAGGCAGGAGUUGAACUAAUGGGCCUUUUCUUUCUAGCCAGGUGCCUUAAUCACUAGACCUAGACUCUCUUAUUAAAGCCCAUAAGUGAUUAUAUCAUAUAAGUGAAAGAAUUAGUGUAACUGGAAGACCAUGACUUCUAGUCCUACCUUGAACACAUAGCCAGUCAGAUGAUCUUAUGCUGGUCAUUUUCUCUCAGUCCACUUCUGAAAAACCUUGCCAAGAGCCUUGUCUUAGCAAUCUUCAAAAAUUGGACAUGAUUGAAUGGAAGAUAAUAAUCUAUAUUUGUGUAUUGCCUUUCUGGAGUUCAAGAUAAUGUUCAAAGGAUUUCCUUGUUUUUCUGAAACCACCUCCCUAUGACGAUGGUUAGGUUGAGAGUGACUAGCCCACACUCUUAGUGAGUUCCCAUGGCUGGGGGUAGAGCUGAAGGUGAGUCUUCCUGGUAUUUAUCCAAAACCAUUCUAGAAAAUAUUUCUAAUCCUAACUACAGCAACAUAGAAGAGAGCUAUUGAUGUGAUUGAUAGGUUAAAUAUUUCAAACUUCCAUUGAUUUCAAUGGAAGCCAUCAACCACAUGAAAUUAAGUAUGUCAAAAGGAUAAUUGGAAGAAAGAACCCAUGAACUCAGUAGCAAGUUUAGAUAAGUUUGUUUAGCAAAUGCUGAUUUGGUCUGCAAAGUUGCCAUUUUAACUUUCAAGGUUUGACUUGUAUCUUACUAUAACUGGGAAUCUCAUAUUGUACUGAUUAAGCAGUUUAUUUUUCCUUCCACAAUUCUUGGAGACUGCUUGGACAAGACUUGGCAAGGUUUUUCAAAAGUGGUUUGCCAUUGCCUCCUUCUGAGACCUGAUCUUAACUAAUUAUUUAAUUUUCUGCAUCUAUGUAAGAAGAUGGCUGCUGUGAUUAAAAGUAUGAUUAUGAACCAUCAUUCCAGACAUUCUUCUAACUAAGCUAAACCAGCUAUAAGUAUAAGUGGAUCAUAAGCUUCCUAACAGACAGGAAGCAGCAGGUGAAGCUAAGCAGAAUCACAACAGAUACCGGUACAAUUAGCACAGCCCUCCCACCCAGGCUGUGUGCUCUCUCCACUUCUCUCUCCACCAAAGACUGCAUCUCAAACAAUCCAUCUGUUAAACUACUGAAGUUUGCAGAUGACACAACAGUGAUUGGUCUCCUCAAGACAAUGAUGAAUCCGCAUACAGACGGGAGGUUGAACAACUAGCCUCAUGGUGCGACCGGAACAAUCUGAAACUGAACACACUCAAAACCGUAGAAAUGGUGGUAGACUUUAGGAGAAACCCUCCCAUACUACCACCUCUUACAAUACUAGACAACACAGUAUCAACAAUAGAGACUUUCAAAUAUCUAGGUUCUACCGUAUCUCAAGGUCUAAAAUGGAUAUCUAACAUCAUCAAAAAAAGCACAACAAAGAAUGUUCCUUCUGCACCAACUCAGAAAGCUCAAACUGCCCAAGGAGUUGCUGACACAGUUCUACAGAGGAAUUAUUGGGUCUGUCAUCUGCACCUCUAUAACUGUCUGAUUUGAUUUUGCAACCCAGAAGUCUGUGUCUGACUUCAGAGGAUAAUUAGAACUGCAGAAAAAACAAUUGCUACCAACCUACCUUCCAUUGAGGACCUAUAUACUGCACGAGUCAAAAACAGGGCUGUGAAAAUAUUUAGACUCCUCACAUCCUGGACAUAAACUGUUUCAACUCUAUCCUCAACAUGACGCUAUAGAGCACUGCACACCAGAACAACUAGACACAAGAACAGUUUUUUCCCCAAACGCCAUCACUCUGCUAAACAAAUAAUUUUUAAAAGUGCCAAAUUAAAACAUGCUUCUGGACAUUGUAAAAAUGCACAAUACAUUCCCUAGGCUUAUUCUGAUGCCGUUUUGGAAUGACAGUCAACAGCAGCCUCUAGGAAUACCUACAGUUGCUCAUCUAAAGUGUUUUAAUAGCUCGUGACUGUUAUAUCCACUAAAGGUGCCCAUUUUGUCACUGGAAUAUGGCCAGUGAAGAGGAAAGUGGUUUUGGGUAGGGGAAGGGGAUUAGUUUUAAACUUUCCCUUGUUUCUUUCUGCUUGCUUGCUUUAUCUGUUUUCAGCAUACAUUUGGUACAUCUUUGUCCAAUGAAAUGGAUAUUUUAGAUAAGUUUUGAAGAACUGGCUCUUCCACAGAUAUUGAACUAAGACAUGGUGGGGUUCAAUUUUUUUUUUUGUUGUUACAGUGUUCACUAUCUCUUGUUUGGCCUUUUCCUUUUUGAUUGUUGUUUGACUUGUGUUUUGAAUUUGUACAUACCCAGAGUUACUUUGAGUGGUUGGCCUACAAAUGUGAUAAAUACAUACAUUUUCCCUAGAACUGGGUAACUGUUUCUUAGCCGAGGAACCAGGCAAUGGCAAUCCACAUGCCAACAAAACUGACAAGUCUAGGUUGUCAGGAAUCAAGAUUGACAGGAAGGAAGGAAGGAAGGAAGGAAGGAAGGAAGGAAGGAAGGAAGGAAGGAAGGAAGGAAGGAAGGAUGGAUCUGUAUUGCAUGGUGUUAUUUAAAUCCCCCCCCUGCCAAAUUCAAACAUUAAACAGACUCAUUGUUUUUACUAUUGCCCAACUGGUGAUGAAAACAUUAUUCACCGGAACCCUCCUUAGGCAAAGAAACAGGUCUCAGUAAUGUAAACACAAGCCAGCCAUUUAUUUCUUGAGCAUAUAAAAUAGGCUGAGUUCAAGCUCUACAGAAGGCAUAGAAGCAACUUUGGGACACAGAAUGUCUUCACUACUGCAGGAGAAACUUUGUGAAAUUCAAACUCAGGCUCCCGCUCCACAGAAAGAUUUUCACUACUUCACCAUCACAAAAACUGAGGUUAUCUGGAGAUCAUGGCAAAUUACUUACCGACCUAAUCAAGAAAAGAUUUUUCCAAAGGAAUUGAAAAAGACGCACAGAAAUUUUCUAUUGGAUGAACAAUUACAUAAGCAAGUUCAAAGCAUUUUUGGGAAAAGCAUGCUGAAGUACACUCUCAACUUGUGCCAAGGACACUACGAUUUCCUAGUUCGAAUGCCUGAAAAUUUGAUUGUUCGUAUCAUGUCAUUUCUUAAUCUGGAAGAUAUUGAACAGUUGUCAAAAACCUGCAAAAAGUUUCAGCAGCUGUGUAACACCGAUGAAUUUUGGGAAAGAAUAAAAAAAUUGCAAGAUAAAUAUACUCUUGAACAACAGUCAGCCAAAUUUCCAGCUUAUGAAAAGCAAAGGAAUUUUCAUCAAAGAAAAGACUAUCUGACACAGAUGCAGAGAAGGCACACCACAUUCUUCUAAAAUGUUGAGUUCAUAUCUUCUUAAUAAAGACUAUACUAUUCAGACUACAUAACAUUACUGGACCAUAAAUGUUUCAUACCAUCUGUGACUUCUGCCCCUUUCUUCUUCAUUCUUCUACUCUAUAUGCUCCUCAAGAUACAUCAAUUUAUCUUUUCAGAUGCCUGUAUUAUAACUUAGAAUUUUAAUCCUUUGGCUGUGUUAGCUUAGAAUUCUGGGAGAUGCGGUUUCAUACUAUCUAAAGGGUGCCCAGAUAAUCUAUUGUGUUUAGUUUCCAGUUAAAUGAGAAAUGAUUUUCCCAAUUAAAUGAGGAUGAUUCUUCAAAAGCUUAUAAUUAAUAUUUUUUAAAAAAAUAUAUACAAUCAAUUCUUUAAAUAGGAACAUUAUGCACUAAAGGGCAACUCAAUAUACAAUGGUUGUAUCAUUUCCCCCAGUUAGAAGAGAGAACAGCUAUUCAGAAAACAAGAAAUUAUAUAAACAGCUAAUGGAUAUGUUCAUUAAUCCUAUAAAUUAUUUUCCAUACACAUUUCCGCACCAGAAGUUGAAAAAACAGAGCAAUCCAAUAUUUGGAUGACUAGAUUUCAGUUUAAUCUUCCAAUGACUGAAAUUAACAAAAAAUGUAUUUUAUUUACAUUAAAACAAAUGGUAAUAGUACAGUAAUAAAAAAAAUCAAAACAAGGUUAAAAAGUAGUUAACAUUAUCAACAUUAUUGAUUUUAUGACUUGCCCUUAUUAUUUAUACAUACAUACAUACAUACAUACAUACAUAAAUACAUAUAUAUAUAUAUAUGUAUAUAUAUAUAUAUGUAUGUAUGUGUGUAUAUAUAUAUAUAUGAAUAUGAAUAUAUAUAUAUAUAUAUGAAUAUAUAUAUAUAUUCACAAAAAAUCACAAUGUAUUCUAAUAGCAUAAUGAACAGAGGGAACCUGUGGCAGGUACGGUGCAUUCUACUGUAUAAUCUAUUUAUAACCCAAAAUAGUUCCAUCAAUGCCAUGUAAAAAUAUAUUUCAUGAAAUAUUUACAUACAAAAAACAACUAAUAAAUCCACAUAUUGAAAAAAGGCAAAAGGUUUUUAAAAUGUCAUUUCAUGAAAGGCCAAUGUUGCAUUCGAUAUUCAGACUUGAGUCAGCUUUUUUUCAGGUAAUAGAAUGAAAGGUACAUGCAGUUUAAGAAAGUUAAAAAUAGAUUGACACUUACCCAACAUUUUAUGACACUGAAAAGAGGCUAAAUAUGAUACGGUAGGCCCAUAUAUCAUAACUGUUUUCGCUGAAGUCCUAUAAAGAAUGGCCAGAAGCUAGUGCUGACCCUUCCCUUGUCCACAUACUCCCCAUUGAAAACUAUUUUGCUUAAGUUGUUGCUGUUCUCUUGGUGGAU